AUGGAUGUCCACGAGUUAUUGUCCACGGUACGCGAGGCUUUGGAAUUCUCUGCUCUUCUUCAUCAGAAUUGUGAAAUUCCCCGCGAGGAGAAGCUCCGCUAUGUGGACACGAUCGUCAAGCUUCUACAGUUGGAAGAUCUCGAGCACACCCUUAUUGGUCGCCCUGGUGCCGGUCUUUCUGUCGAACAGCGCAAGCGUCUCACAAUUGGUGUUGAGCUCGUAGUUAAGCCUAGUAUUUUGAUCUUCCUUGACGAACCUACCUCUGGUCUCGAUGGCCAAGCUGCAAACAACACGGUGCUAUUCGUUACUGGCUUGAUUGUUUCUGAGCUGCCCUACCUGGUUGUCUGCGGUGUGAUAUACUUUGUGUGUUGGUACUGGACUGCUGGAUUGCGAAAUGAUACCAAGUGGGCAGGCAGCACAUUCUUUGUCGCAAUGUUUUACGAGAUGUUGUACACCGGUAUUGGACAAUUGAUCGCCGCGUACGCUCCCAACGCAACCUUUGCAUCUCUCGUUAACCCGCUGGUCAUCACUACCCUUGUAUUACUCUGCGGUGUCUUCGCUCCUUACUCCCAGAUCACGGCGUUCUGGAGAUACUGGAUCUACUACCUCGAUCCCUUCAACUACCUCUUCGGCGCCUUCCUGACCUUCACCACCUUCUCCGUCGAUAUCACUUGCGAACGGGGCGAGCUUGCGGUCUUCAAUCCUCCUGCGAACGAGACAUGUGGCGACUAUCUCUCCACCUAUUAA